GUCAUUAAUGUCAGUGUCGAGUGUCGGUCGUCGGUCUGUUUCAUCCAUAUUUUUUAAGCGAAAUAUUUGUCCACUAUAUUUAGUGUAAUUUACCUAAUGUUCAUCUAUUGAUCAUCAAUUCGAACUCCAAAAAGACUGGGAGAAAACCAUCAUGAGUAAAUCGAAGGAAAAUCCCAAGAUGGCUUCCUCAGGAUCGGACCUAGAAAAGAAAGUCAAGGACCUCAGUAUAACUGAAAAGACAGAUAUAAAUAUUCUUCUGUUGGGAGAAACAGGAGUUGGUAAAUCGACAUUUAUCAACUCUGUUGCCAAUUAUUUAACGUAUGCGGAUUUGAAAAAAGCAAAAAAUGAGAACUUACUCGUUCUCAUACCUACAGAGUUCAGCAUGAAGGAUAAAGAUGGUGAAUUCCAUGUCAUCAGCAUGGGAGCUGGUGAUAAAAACGAACUUCUCAGUAGUGGUGUCUCAGCUACCCAAGAUGUAAAAACAUACGUUUUCCCCAUUUGGAAUGGCAAAUCGAAAGUUCGUUUGAUAGAUACUCCUGGAAUGGGAGAUACCAGGGGUGUAGAUCAGGAUGAUAUCAAUUCUGAAAACAUUCUAUCUUACAUUGGUCAACUACACGAGCUCCAUGCAAUCUGUUUUCUUUUCAAACCCAAUCAAUCCAGAAAUACAGUGUUUUUUAAAUAUUGCAUGUCUCAAAUUUUGUCCAGGUUAGACAAAUCUGCAAGUAAGAAUAUUAUAUUUGCAUUCACUAAUACUAGAGGCUCUGACUAUGGGCCAGGUGAAACCAUCAAUUUGCUGAAGAAUGAAAUUGAAGCAAUCAGGAAAAGUCCUCCUCACGCUGAAAUCCCCAUCAAUAGAAAUAUCUUCUGUUUUGAUAAUGAGGCAUUCAGAUAUUUAGCAGCUAUCAAGAAUGGUGUGGAGUUUGAUGUCUCAAUCAAAGAGCGCAAUAAAGAGAGCUGGAAGAAUUCUGUGGAACAAUGUUGGAAGAUGAUCAAUUACAUCGUCGGUGAUGCUAAUAAUACUCCCUUGAAACCACAUCAUGUCAAAAGCACCAGUGCAAUAAAUGAGGCCAGACGAAUGAUAAACCAAUUGGCACAACCUCUAGCCGAAAUAUCCCAACUCAUCAACCAUAAUAUGCAUGCACUGAAAAGACAUGAGGCGAAUCUUCAGAUGGAUCACGACUCAUUGGAUGAGCUCAAGACUAAACUGUACAUGCCAACUAUUGACUUGGAAGUUGUGAAAAUGACUCAACCGUCAACGGUUUGCACAACUUACAAGUGUGCUGAAGUUCACCAGAAAUUGGGCAGGAAUAUUUGGCAUUACAAACAGAGGUGCCACGAUCCCUGUUAUCUUUCGAACAUAACCAGAGAAAUGAUCGGCGAUCCCGGAUUGGUCAAUUGUGCAGCUAUGGCAAGAACGAAUGAUUGUCAAAAAUGUGGGUGCAGUUUCAGAGUGCAUCAACACAUUUACUAUAUGACCAAAGUUAAAGAAAUCCGAGAAGUCGAUCCUACCGUCAAGAAAAACAUCAAUGACAAAACGAAAGUAGUGGAGAAUGCUAGGAAAAUUAUGCAAAGCAUUAUCAAUAAAAAGGAAGAGCUAGACAAUGAGCACCAGGUCAUUGUCACUACUUGUGCUAGAUUCGCUCAUUUUCUGCAAAACAAUGCUAUUACACCAUUCAAUGAUUCCUACAAAGAAUAUAUCGAGUACCUUAUUAAUAGGGAACAAUCGAUGGGUAAACUUUGUGAUAAGGAAACCGUCGAUCAUCUCAGAAAACUUCUAAGAGAAUAUGACGAAAUGAAGAAGUCAUUCGAUGAAGCCCUACAAUUGAACAAGAGAUUAGGACGCACAGACAAUGCGAUCACUCCUAAAGAAGUAUCUGAUAGCAUCCAAGAACUUUACAAGCUCAAACACAACGGCAAAAAGAUCAAGGAACUGUACGAGUGCCAGAAAAAGUCCAGGGCUAAAGAGCAUGAAAAUACGGAAUAUAUUCAUAACAUACCAUUCAAGAAGGAAGAGGAUAAGAAAAAUAAAAAAGAGGAUGACAAGAAAAAUAAGAAGGAAGAUGAUAAGAAGAAGAAGAACAUGGAUAACAGAAAUAAGAAUCGUGCAGGAUACGAGAACAGGGCCCAAAAUAGAGGUCCAGACAGAUACGAGACCCAAAGAUCGAUGCCGGACGUGCCGCCGCCGUCCUACCAAGAGGUCGAGCAGAAUCGGGCCCCUUACGCAGGCGCCCCAGGUGCUCAUCACUCCUACGGGGGCUACUAUCCGCCUCCGCCUGCAGGAGCGUACUCGGCCAACGCUUACGGGCCCGCGCCGCCGCCUCCGGCCGCAGGUCCGUACGGGGAUCCGUAUCGAUACGGCCAUGAUCAUAGACAUCCCAAUGAACCCAAAAGAGACGAUCGCCCGUCCUACGACAUAAACAUAACUGUCAAAAAACCCGAAGAACCCUAUUCUCCUCGAGACCCCUACCCUCCUCGAGACCCAUACUACCCCCCACAUCCAGACCCAUACUAUCCCCACCCUUAUCCACCCCAGUCGGGCGGGUAUAACGCUCCCCCAGCAGCUGGGCCGUAUGGGCCUCCCUCUGGGGCCGGCCCCUACAGAGGCCCCCCGCAGGGGCACUAUUACGGCCCCCAUCCGUACGAUCAGCAUCAUGGGGUUCACCGCCAGAAUCCGGGACAAGCUCCUAGAGCCGGUGGCUCCGGUAAUAGAGGCAGGGGCUCGAAUGACAGAGGUAGGGGGACUUUCAGGGGUGGUAGGGGCAGAGGGGGCGGCAUCAACAAGAAGGUGAGGGUGAACAAGAAGGGGGACGGUAAAGGUAAGGCUAGCGACUCUGAUGAUUCUGAUUUCGAAGUUUUGUAAUGAGUUGGUGUACUGGGUGGUUCACUGUAAUUUAAAUCCUCCUUGACUCAUUCGAUAUGAGCGUCUCCCGAUACAACCAUCUUGGCACAUCCAAGGUCAAAUAUGAUAUGAGGACAUAAAAAGAAGGUGUGAAUUAAUAAUAGGUAUGUGUGAUGCAUCAACGUCCCUAUCUGAAGAAUAACAUCGAUAUUUGCAAUAAAUUCAUA